GAGUUGACUCAAUGACACCAUGGGGUGUUAUACAUGGUGGAUGCUGCGGAUUGAGGAGGAAAGUCAAAGAAGAAACUAUAGAAGAACUCUACAAGAAGGUGCAUUCGCCUGACGAGGAAGCUAGGUCAGCAAACCCUUCACCUAACAUGGAAGCUGAUUUAAAAACGCUCAAAAAAAGAGUUGAAAAUAUGGAAAAAUUUAAGCGUUACAUUGAAAAUAACUUUGUUAACACAAGAGUCUAUGAAAAAAUUAAAAUGCAGCAACCACAACAGCAAGAAGGGGAUGUGGAUCAGUGA